AUGAGCGCCCCCGAGCCUAUCGCCGUCAUCGGCAGCGCCUGCCGCUUCCCAGGGGAUAGCGACACGCCGUCCAAGCUGUGGGAGCUCCUCAGGGCGCCGCGGGACCUGCUGCGACAGGUGCCGCCGGAGCGCUACGACGCCGAUGCCUGGCACCACACCAACGGCAAGCACCACGGCGCCACCAACGUGCGUCACGCCUACUACCUGAACGAGAGCCCAGCCCAUUUCGACAAUGGGUUCUUCAGCAUCCAAGCCGGCGAGGCAGAGGCCAUCGACCCGCAGCAGAGGAUGCUGAUGGAGACCGUCUACGACUCCCUUUGUGCUGCGGGCCAGACCAUUGAGGGGCUGCGCGGCUCGCAGACGUCCGUCUUUGUCGGCCUCAUGUGCGACGAUUGGGCGGGCCUGAUGGCGCGCGACACGGAGACGUUUCCCCAGUACGGCGCGACGGGUACGGCCCGCAGCAUCAUGUCUAACCGCAUAUCAUAUUUCUUCGACUGGCAUGGCCCCAGCAUGACCAUUGAUACGGCCUGUUCCUCGAGUCUGGUCGCCGUCCACCAGGCUAUACAGACCCUCCAUAGCGGAGAAUCAGAGGUUGCCGUCGCCACCGGCGCGAACCUCCUCCUGUCGCCUGCCAUGUUCAUGGCCGAGAGCAACCUGUCCAUGCUGUCACCGCACGGCAGGUCCAGGAUGUGGGACAAGGACGUGAACGGGUACGCGCGCGGCGAAGGGCUGGCGUCGGUGGUGCUCAAGACGCUCAGCGCCGCCAUCCGCGACGGCGACCACAUCGAGUGCGUGAUCCGGGCUACGGGCGUGAACCAGGACGGCCGCACGGGCGGCAUCACCAUGCCCAGCGCCAAGGCGCAGGCUACUCUGGUGCGCAGCACGUACGCGCGCGCCGGCCUCGACAUCAACAAACCGGAGGACCGACCGCAGUUCUUCCACGCCCACGGCACCGGCACGCCGGCCGGCGACCCGCAGGAGGCCGAGGCCAUCUCCAAGGCGUUUUACUCGCAGGGACAGCACGACGACAAGCUCUACGUCGGCUCGAUCAAGACCAUUGUCGGGCACACCGAAGGCACGGCCGGCCUGGCCAGCCUGAUCGGCACAUCCCUAGCUCUCCAGCAUGGCAUCAUCCCGCCAAACAUGCACUUCAAGACCCUCAACCCCAAGCUCAAGCCGUUCUACACCCACCUUCAGGUACCUACCAAGUGCAUUCCGUGGCCAGAGCCAAGGCCGGGCCAGCCUCGCCGUGCCAGCAUCAACAGCUUCGGCUUUGGCGGCACCAACGCCCACGCCAUCCUGGAGGCCUACCAGCCGCCGCCCAAGGCCCGGGCCAAGGCGGCCCCCAUGGGCGCCCUGUUCACGCCCCUCGUCUUCUCCGCCGCCAGCGAGUCGUCGCUGCGCGCAAUGCUGUCGUUGUACGUCGACUUUUUGUCGACGUGCCAGCAGAAGGAGCUGCACGACCUGGCCUACACGCUGCAGCACCGCCGCUCCGCCCUCUCGUACCGCGUCGCCAUCUCUGCCCCCACGCCGGCCGAGGCGCGGCACCAGCUCGAGGCGAUCCUGGGCGGCGAGAAGAUGAGCACCAUCGGCACGCGCCAGCUCGCCAAGGGCUCGUCGUCCAAGAUCCUGGGCGUCUUCACGGGCCAGGGCGCGCAGUGGGCGCGCAUGGGCGCCCGCCUGCUCGAGACGUCGCCCUUUGUGUUCCAGCGCCUGGCCCAGCUGGACCAGGCCCUGGCCGAGAGCCCCGCGGGGGACGCGCCCGACUGGCGGCUGCGCGACAUGAUCCUGGCCGACCCCAAGACGUCGCGCAUCGGCGAGGCCGCCAUCUCGCAGCCGCUGUGCACUGCCCUGCAGAUCGUGCUCGUGGACAUGCUCGGCUUCGCGGGGGUCAGGCUGCACUCGGCCGUGGGCCACUCGUCGGGCGAGAUCGGGGCCGCGUACGCCGCCGGCCUGCUGUCGGCGGCCGACGCCAUCCGCGUCGCCUACUACCGGGGCCUGUACGCAAAGCUGGCCGAGUCGCCCAACGGAGGCGCAAAGGGAGCCAUGAUGGCCGUCGGCACUACCUUUGAGGACGCGACUGAGUUCUGCGAGCUCGAAUGGUUCAAGGGACGGAUCCAGGUCGCGGCGUUGAACUCGUCGUCCAGCAUCACCCUCUCCGGAGACGAGGACGCCAUAGACGAGGCCGUCAUCAUCUUCCAGGACGAGGGCAAGUUCGCCCGCAAGCUCAAGGUUGACACGGCCUACCACUCGUCCCACGUCAUGCCCUGUGCUGCACCCUACCUCGCCGCCAUGGAGAAGUGCGGCAUCGAGGGCGGCGUGGCCACGGGCGUCAAGUGGCACUCGAGCGUGCACGCAAAGACGGUCAUGAGCCAGGACAAGAUGUCGCCGCAGUACUGGGUCGACAACAUGGUCAACCCCGUCCUCUUCUCGCCCGCCGCCGGCGACGCCUGGACCGAGAGCGGCCCGUUCGACCUCGCCAUCGAGGUCGGGCCCGCGCCGGUCCUCAAGACGCCGGCCCUCGACAGCAUCGAGUCCGUCAGCGGCGGCCAGCGCCCGCCCUACACGGGCGUCCUGGCGCGCGGCAAGGACGACGUGCAGGAAUUCUCCAACGCCCUCGGCUACGUCUGGACGCAGCUCGGCGCGGGCUCCGUCGCGUUUGCCUCCCUGCAGCGCGCCGUCUCGGGGUCCGAGGCCGUAGGCCGCUUCCUGCCCAACCUCCCCAAGUACCCGUUCGACCACUCGCGCGAGUUCAUGGCCCUGUCGCGCGUGUCGGGCCUGCACAAGACGGCCCAGGACCCCAUCCACCCGCUGCUGGGCCGGCGGUGCCACGACAGGGAGACAUCGCAGAGCAUGCAGUGGCGCAACAUCCUCUCGCCAAAGGAGGUCCCCUGGCUGGCGGGGCACCAGAUCCAGGGCCAGAUGGUGUUCCCCGCCACCGGCUACAUAUCCAUGACCGUGGAAGCCAUCAGCCUGCUUGCCGGCGCUUCCGACGUCGGCCUGUUCGAGCUCCGCGACCUGCAGAUCGUCAGGGCGUUGACCUUUAACGACGAGGACGACAAGGUCGAGACCCUGUUCGACCUCAAGGACAUCCGGCGAUCCAGCGGCGAGAUCACGGCCGACUUUGCCCUCUACUCGGGCUCUCCCUACGACAUCAAGUCGACGUUGGCGCUUAACACGGCGGGCACGGUCCGCAUGAUGCUGGCGGCUCCCCAGGCGGACCAGCUGCCGCGGGUCGAGCUCGACGAGGUCAGCCUGAGCAGCGUCGACACGGACCGCUUCUACGCCUUCCUCUCCAAGCUCGGCUACAACUACGCGUGGCCGUUCCACGGCACCACAAGCAUCCGGCGCAAGGCCGACUACUCGCUGGGCACCAUCGAGGACCAGUCGGCCUCGGCCUGGGAGGACCAGCUGAUCGUGCACCCGGGCAUGCUGGACACGGCGCUGCAGACGGCGUUUGCGGCUUUUUCGUGCCCCGGCGACGAGCGCAUGUGGGACCUGCACCUGCCCAAGAGCUUCCGCUCCAUCCUGAUCAACCCCUACUUCACGCCGCUCGGCGUCGGGAAGCAAGCCAACUUUGGCUACGUCUCCGCCGCCAGGGUCGGCAGCAAGCUGGUCAGGGCCGCGGCCGACAUCACGCUCUUCUCCGAGGAGGGCGGCCACACGUUCCUGCAGGUCGACGAGAUGGAGAUUGUGCCCUUCUCGGCCGCCGUGCAGGCCAACGACGCCGUGGUGUUCUCGCGCUUCCAGUACAAGGUCGCGGAGCCGGAUGCGGCGCUGGUUGUCGACGACGGGUGCGAGGGCAAAACCGCUGCUGGAGAAGAGAUUGCGGCGGCCGCGGAACGCCUCGCCUUUUACUACCUCGGCCGGCUUCUGGAAAAGGUGACGGCCGAGGAGAGGGCCGGUGCCCUGCCGCACUUCAAGAGCCUGCUCGACUACGCCGACGAGUGCGUGCCCAGGGUCGCCAGGGGAGAGAACGGGCUCGUCCCUGCCGCCGCUGCCCAGGACACGGCAAGCGACAUCGACGCCCUCGUCGCCAGGCACGGCCAGGACGCGUCCAUCCGCCUGCUACAGUCGGUGGGCGAGAACCUCGCCCAGGUCAUCCUCGAGAACGGCGACAUGCUCCAGCACGCGUCCAUGGACGCCAUGCUGCAGAGCUCCGGGCUGGCCAAGGGCGACGAGUGGAUCGCAUCCCUCGCCGAGCAAAUGUCGCACCGCUUCCCCAAGAUGAACCUGCUCGAGAUCGGUGCCGGGUCGGGAAGCUCGGCCAGGGAGAUCGUGACGCGCCUGGGCGACGCCUUCCUGACGUACACCUACGCCGACGUUUCCGGCAGCGUCGUCCCCAAGGCCCAGGAGCUCUUCAAGGGCUUCGAGAACCGCAUGGUCUUUAAGCCGUACGACCUGGACGAGAGCCCCGCGGGCCAGGGCCUCACCGGGGGCGCCUACGACGUCGUCGUCUGCUCCAGCGUGCUCCGCGCCGCGCGCGACGUGGAGGCGACGCUGAAGCACGUGCGCAGCCUGGUCAAGCCCGGCGGCUACGUCUUCGUCCAGGAGGUCGUCGCCACCGACGACAGCCUGCGCGCCUGCCUGGCCAUGGGGAGCCUGCCGGGGUGGUGGCCCGUCAGCGGCGUCGCCGACGAUGCAGGCCGCAACAAGCCCAUGACGCUGGACCGGUGGGGCGCCCUGCUGCAAAAGACGGGGUUUCGCGGCGUCGAGUCGGCGACGCCCGAGAUGCCGUGGGUCGGCCCCGGACGGGUGUUUGUCGCCCAGGCCGUCGACGAGCGCACCGAGAUGCUGCGCGACCCCGUGGCCCACCUGGCGGUCCUGCCCGCGGCCCGCGCGCCGCAGCUCUACCUCGUCGGCGGCGGCAAGACGGCCGAGGUGAAGCAGAUGUGCGACGCGCUGUACGCGACGCUGUCGCCCAGGUUUCCCAAGACAGUCCGCCACGAGUCCGUCGAGGCCUUCAACCAGGACGCCCCCCUCGAGGGCAGCACGGUGCUGUGCCUGACGGAGCUGGAGCAGCCGCUGAUGGAGGUCAUCACGCCCGAGAAGCUGGACGCGCUGCGGCUCGUGUACAAGCGGGCGCGGGACGUCAUGUUCGUGACGCGCGGCGCCCGCCGCGAGACCCCGCACUCGUACAUGCUGCUCGGCAUGGGCCGGUGCAUGCGCUUCGAGUACCCCGGCCUCAACUUGUUGGCGUUCGAUCUGGACCGUGUCGGCGACGACGCGGCCGCCACCGUCGCCCGCCAGCUCCUGCGGCUCGAGCUGGCCGGGCGCUGGGCGCUGGAGCUGCAGCCCGGGGAGCUGCUGAUGUCGGUCGAGCCCGAGGUUUACAUCGAGGACGGCCGGAUGGUUAUACCGCGCAUCUACAAGGACGACGAGCGCAACAGGCGGUAUAACACGACGCGCCGCGUCGUCAAAGAGGACGUCGAUCCCGCAACCUCGCGGCUGGUGUUUGAGUCCCGCGAGGGCCCGUGGGAGGCCCAGGUGCCGUCGCCGCUCGACAUGCCCGCGCCGCUGCCGUUCGACGUGCCCGCGACCAGGACCCUUCGCGUGACGCACUUCGUCCCGGCGACCAUCACCGUCGGCCAGGGCGCGCGCCUAAUGCCCCUUGUCGGUCGCGCCGAGCCGGGCGGCGAGCUCUACCUGGCCGCCGCCCACUUGACCGAGUCGCCCGCCACCGUGCCGGUCGACUGGACUUUUGCCCUCCAGGACGGGACCGACCCCGUGGCCGCCCUUGCCUCCUUCGCCGCCGCGCUGGCCGCCCGGAGGAUCGCGAGCCUGGCCGGCAGCGGCGACACCAUUGUCGUCCACGAGCCGCCGGCUGUUAUUGCCGACGCGCUGCAGGCGUGCGCCAGAGACCUGGGCAUCUCUGUCCGCCUGACGACGUCGGACAGGCACAGCAGCUCGGACAGGCAGCAGCAGCAGUACCUGGACGAGAAGCUGUCGGAGCACGCCCUCAAGGCGCUUCUGCCCCGGGCGGCGACCAAGUUCCUCGACCUGUCCCAGGCGCGCUCCUCGGCUGCACAAAAGAUGGCCAAGUGCCUGCCGCGCGGCUGCGACGUCAUCAUCCCCGGCAGCGUGUUCCACCAGAAUACGGAGCUCCGAUCGUCGGCGUCGCCGGCAGACAUAGCCGGCGCGGUAAAGGCCGCGUGGUCGGCCUCUCAGAAGCAGCUGGGCGGCAGCAGCAGCCGCGAGGUGCAGGCCAUCAUGCUCCAAGACCUAGCUGCCGGCCAAGCCGACAACAACAACAGCGGCAGGCUCGCCGUAGUGGACUGCACGAGCCCCCUGGUGCCCGCCGCGGUUCGCGCCAUCGACGACGGCACCCUCUUCCGCGGCGACAGGACGUACUGGCUCGUCGGCCUGGCGAACGAGAUGGGCCUGUCGAUCUGCAGGUGGAUGGUCGAGCGCGGCGCCCGCCACGUCGCCCUCACCAGCCGCUCGCCCAAGGUCCACCCGGCCUUCAUCGACCGCAUGGCCAGGCUGGGCGCGGCCGUCAAGACUUUUGCCAUGGACGUGACGGACCGCGCCUCCCUCCACGCGGCAUACGCCUCGCUCACCGAGGCGAUGCCGCCCGUCGCGGGAGUGGCCAACGGCGCCAUGCUGAUGCGCGACUCGCUGUUCGAGAACAUGUCGUACGAGAACUUCACGGCCUGCACGAACCCCAAGGUGAUCGGAUCGCUGCUGCUCGACGAGCUGUUCGGCGACGCCCCUCUCGACUUCUUCGUCGCCUUCUCCUCCAUCGCCGCCGUGACGGGCAACAGCGGGCAGUGCAACUACGUGUCGUCCAACCUGUUCAUGAACGGCCUGGCCGAGAAGCGCCGGGCGCGGGGAGUCGUGGGCUCGGCCGCCGACAUCAGCCCCGUCAUUGGCCUGGGGUUCGUCGAGCGCACCGACAGCCUGACCGAGGACACCUUCACCGAGAUGGGCUACCGACCCGUGUCGGAGCAGGACGUGCAGGUCAUCUUUGCCGAGUCCAUCCUCGCCGGCCGCGUCGACGGCCCGGGCGAGUCCGAGGUCAUCUCGGGCGUCCAGCCGCUGUUUGACGACUUUGUCGGCCGCGACCAGUACAUGAAGGACGUCAAGUUCAACCACUUCUGGAUGGAGCGCACCGACGCGCGCGACCUGGCCGGCGGCCGGCCCUUGGCCGUGUCGGUCCGGGCGCAGCUGGCCCUCGCGGCCUCCAAGGCCGAGGUCCUGGACAUCGUCAGGGAGGAGUUCCUGGUCCGGCUGCGCAAGAUCCUCUCGCUGGGCGCCGACGAGGCCGUCAACGAGCGCGUCACCUUUGUGGAGCAGGGGCUCGACUCCCUCAUGGCCGUCGAGGUGCGGGCGUGGCUGGUCAAGGAGCUCGACGUGGACGUGCCCGUGCUCAAGAUCCUCGGCGGCAGCUCCAUCGCGGACCUGCUGGAUCACGCCAUCAAGUCGCUGCCGGAGAGCAUCGUGGAUGUUUCCAAACUCGGAGAUGGCACGCCGGGCCAGGCCAAGAAGAAGGCGCCUGCGCCGGUCCCCAAGGCCGCCCCUCCCGUUUCUGCGAGUCUUCCUGCGAGCCCUCCUCGCGACGUGUCGCCCCAGAAGACGUCGUCCAACUCCGGCACCGGCACCGGCACUGGCUCCGGGACGCCUGUUGACGACAAGUCUGUUUCCGGCAGCGCGACGCCCUUAUCCACCCCCGACGAGUCUCUCACGGCAUCGGCCUUCUUUGGCGGCAGCGUGGAGAACAAGAAGCUGGCCGAGGUUCCCGACGACAGCACCGACAUGCUCACGAGCCCCAUGUCGUUCGGCCAGACCGGCUUCUGGUUCCUGAACGAGUACCUCGCCGGCAAGGCCGUCUUCAACAUCGCCAUGAUGUACAAGUUCACGGGCCCGAUCCGCAUGUCGGCCCUCGAGGACGCCGUGCGGCUGGUCGGCGGGCGCCACGAGACCUUCCGCACCCGCUUCUUCUGGGCGGGCGAGGGCGACGCCAGGGUCCCCAUGCAGGGCAUCGGCGCGACCUCGCCGGUCGAGCUCAGGUCGAGGCGCAUCUCGUCCGAGGCCGAGGCGGUCGAGGAGAUGAACCGGGUUCGUGCCCAACCCUGGGACCUGGAGAGCGACAACCUCAUCACCUUGACCGUGCUCUCGCUCUCCAACAAGGUCCACUAUAUGGUGGCGGGCAUGCACCACAUCCUGUUCGACGGCUACAGCUUCACCGUCCUCUUCAAGGAGCUCGAGCUCGCCUACAACACCAAGAACCUGUCGCCGCUGCCGGCCGAGUCCCAGUACCGCGCCUUCGCCAGCAGGCAGCGCGAGGACUACGAGGCCGGCAAGAUGGCCCACUCCGUCGAGUACUACCGGUCCGUGCUGCCCGCCGCCGAGGACCUCCAGCCCAUCGCGCUCCUGCCCUUCGCCAAGACCACCACCAGGCAAGCCCUGACGAGGUACGGCCAGUACGAGGCGACCUUCCAGAUCGAGGCCGAGCUCGCCGCCAAGGUCCGCCAGCUCGCCCGCCGGAGCAGGUCGACGUCCUUCCACGUCUACCUGGUGGCGCUCGAGGUCCUGCUGUUCCGGCUCCUGCCCGACGCCGACGACGUCUUCAUCGGCAUCGCCGACGCCAACCGGUCCGACAAAACCUUCAUGGACAGCAUGGGCUUCUUCCUCAACCUGCUGCCGCUCCGCUUCUGCCGGCCCCAGGCCGAUGCCAAGCUGGGCUCCGUGAUCGAGCAGGGGCGCGACGCGGCGUACGCGGCGCUGGAGCACUCGCGGCUGCCGUUCGACGCGCUGCUGCGCGAGCUCAACGUGCCCCGGUCGAGCGAGCACACCCCCCUGUUCCAGGUCUUCCUCGACUACAAGCAGAUCUACCAGGAGCGGUCGACGUGGUGCGGGUGCAAGGUCGAGAACGAGCGGUGGGAGCUGGCCAGCACCGGCUACGACGUGUCCCUCGAGGUGAGCGAGGACACCAGCGGCGGCGUCAUGCUGCGCCUGGACCUGCAGGACACGCUGUACACCGAGGAGAGCACGCGGCUGAUGCUGCGGUCGUACGUCGGGGUGAUCGAGUAUAUGACGAGCGCCGCGGACGGUGGUAUUCUGGGUGACGUCCCCAAGUGGUCCCCCCAGGACGUGCAGGCGACGCUCGUUACUGGCAAAGGCACUCCUCUCGAUGCCCAAUGGCAGCCGACCAUCAUCCACCGCAUCGAGGAGCUGGCGCAGACCCAGCCCGACAAGACGGCGCUCAAGGACGACAAUGGCAGGAUCCUGACCUACCAGCAGAUGACAGCCCGCAUCGACGCCAUCCAACACGCGCUCGAGACGGCAGGUCUGCAAAAGGGCGGCGUCGUCGGCGUCUUCCAGGAGCCGUCGGCCGACUGGACCUGCUCCAUGCUGGCCGUGCUCCGCGCCGGGGGCGUUUACGUGCCUCUGGAUCUGCGCAACUCGAUCCCCCGGCUGGCCAGCAUCGUCAAGGCCUCGAAGCCGGCCUUCCUGCUGACCGACCGCACCACCGAGUCCCAGGUCUCCCUCAUCGGCGCCGACGCGGCCGCCCAGGUCUCGGUCUCCAACCUCAAAGCCGACGACGCUGCUGCUGCUGCUGCUGCUGCUGCUGCUGCUGCUGCUCCACCGACGACCAACCGUGCCGAGCGCGGCGCCCCCGCCGUCGUCCUCUUCACCAGCGGCUCCACCGGCGAGCCCAAGGGCAUCGUCAUGACGCACGCCAACCUCGUCGCCAACGCCGAGGCCAACAGCCACGUCUACGCUGCCACGGCCCAGGACGGGGCCGACCUCGUGGUGCUGCAGCAGAGCGCCUACUCCUUCGACUUCUCCAUCGACCAGACCCUCGCGGCUCUCACCAACGGCGGGCGCCUGCACGUCGUGGCCGCGCGCCACCGGGGCGACCCGGCCGCCAUCAGCAAAAUCAUGCUCGACGAAGGGGUGACGUACACGUCCAGCACGCCGUCCGAGUUCGAGAUGUGGCUGCGCUACGGGCGCGAGACUCUGCGCCGCUGCGCGUCGUGGCGAUGGGCGUUUUCGGGCGGCGAGCCCAUGCACCCGGGCCUGCCGCGCGAGUUCAGCAAGCUCAAGCUGGGCGGCAGCCUCCGCCUCUUUACGGGCUACGGCCCGGCCGAGACGACCUGCUUCUCGACCAAGAUCGAGCUCCCUUAUACGUCCCCUGAUGCUAUUCCCGACCCCCUGCCCGCGGGGCGCAUGCUGCGCGGCUACACCGUGUGCGUCGUGGACGAGGCCCUGCGCCCCGUGCCGCACGGCGUCCCCGGCGAGAUCGUCAUCGGCGGCGCCUGCGUCGUGUCGGGCUACCUCGACAACGCGGCCUUCACCAGCGCCAAGUUCCUCGCGGACGAGUUCUUUGGGUCCGAGACCAAGGUGUACCGCAGCGGCGACCGCGGCCGCCUCCUGGGCGACGGCACCCUCUUCUGCGACGGCCGCCUCGAGGGCGACCUGCAGGUCAAGAUCCGCGGCUUCCGCGUCGAGCUCGUCGAGGUCGAGGAGGCCAUCCUCCGCUGCUCGGCCGGCACUUUAUCUCAAGCUGUCGUCUCCGUGCGCGGGGGCGAGGGCGAGGACCGCUACCUGGCCGCCCACGUCGUGUUCCGCCCCGGCAUUACCAGCGACGAGCAAGCAAUGACGCUGCGCGCGCUGAGGCACAGCCUCCCGCUCCCGCCCUACAUGCGGCCCUCGGCCAUCGCGACGCUGGACGAGAUCCCGCGGACGGCGCACCUCAAGGUCGACCGGAAAGCCAUCGCCGCGCUGCCCGUCGUCGUCACGGGCAACGAAGAUGACGAAUCGGCUGGUGAGGACUCGCUCACCGACACCGAGCGUCGGCUGGCCGCCCUCUGGCGCGAGGUCAUGCCCGUCGGCCCUGGCGCCCUGGGCUCCCAUUCGGACUUUUUCCUCGUGGGCGGCAACUCGAUCCUGCUCGUCAAACUCCAAAGCCGCAUCCGCGCCUCGUUCGGCGCCGCGCCCAAGCUCGUGGCGCUCAUGGGCGCGCACACGCUGGCCGCCAUGGCCGCCGCCGUCGAGAGCAGCAGCGGCUCGGCCAAGGCCCUGAUCGACUGGCAGGCCGAGACCGAGGUCCCCGAGGUCCUGCUCGCGACCAAGCCCAGGCCGCGCGCGCCCAAGACCGACAACAUCAGGGUCCUGAUGACGGGCUCGCAGGGCUACCUGGGCCGCCAUAUCCUAGCCGCCUUGGUCAAGGAUCCCAAGGUGUCGAGCGUGCAGUGCCUGGUCCGCAAGGAAAACACCACCGCGCCGCUCGACGCCAAGGUGACCGAGAUCGAGGCCGACGUGUCCCAGCCCAGCCUGAGCCUGUCGCCCUCCACUUUCUCCGCGCUGUCCUCCUCCAUCGACGUCGUAGUCCACUGCGCCGCCAACCGCAGCUUCUGGGACCGCUACGAGACGCUGCGCGCCGACAACCUGUCUUCCGUCAAGGAGCUGGCCCGCCUGGCCGCGCCCCGCUCGGUCCCGCUGCACAUCCUGUCCUCGGGCGCCGUGGCUACAUACGACGGACCUGCCGGUGUGACGACGCCGCCCACCGACGGCAGCGACGGCUACGUCGCGACCAAGUGGGCGGCCGAGACGUUCCUGCGCCGCCUGGCCGCCGCCACGAACCUGCCCGUGCACAGCCACCGGCCGACGGGCGACGGCGCGCCCGUGGCGGACGAGGCGGGCGCGGCCGCCCCCCUGCUGGAGGAGCUGAUGGGGCUCGUCGCCAAGGUGGGCGCGCGCCCCGAUUUUAGCGGCGUGCGCGGCCACGUCGGGCUUGUCCCCGUCGAGCGGACCGUGGAGGACAUCACAAAGGCCGUCUUGGCUUCUUCCGCCGCGGUUGCUAGUGUUGGUGGUGGCGUGCAGGUGCAGAGCCACAAGGCCGCGGUGCGCGUGGCGGUCGACGUUUUCGAAAAGCGCGUCGCCGCCGACGAGGAGGGCGCCAUGAAGCUGCUCCCCGCCGUGGGGGUGCUGGACUGGUUUGGCAUGGCCAAGCGCGCGGGCUGGGGCCAGCUGAUGACCUCGUGGGAGCUGGUGAUGGGGUCGAGCAGCACAGACGGCACCGGCGAGUUGGAGCUGCGGCGUUGA